GACUGUGUGGUGUGUGGGCGUGUGCCUGGGAGCGGGGUCGGAGGAGGCAGCAGCCCGAACGUCAUACCGAGCAGCCCGAUCGAUCCCUCCGUGUCAGCCCGGAGGCGGCCUUCGUAUUCCAUUGGACCCACUGGUUACAACAACCCGGGUGGCUCCCGCCUGGGCUCUGAGCUCCUUAUGGGUAUCCGCGCCUACCACGGGCUUGGCUUCCAAGCCCUUGCCCAAGAACUGGUCUAUCCCCGCACAGUCCUCAAUCCAGCGCACCGAACAGGCGCGUCAACCGGCCCUUGGCCGAUCCCGAUUGCUGACAGCCCCGCAUCUCAUUUCAUACAACAUUGUUCAUGGAUCACGCCGAUUGACAGAAUAGUCGGCAUUCGCUCGCGUUGGGCUGUCCUCCGUCUUUCGGGACCGCCUGGUGAUAGGCUCUGGAUAGACGCGACGGAACAUAGUCCCUUCAUCGAGCCGAAACGGCGACAGGGGCGGUCAACCCCUGUCCAUUCCCCAUGGCACAAGAACUAUCGCGCGGCUUCUAGCUCCCCAGACUGCAGAAGCCUGCCCAGCCUUGUCUUAGCUUGGCGGCCAAGGCAGGGCCGUACAUGCAUCGGGAUUCAACACGCUCUGCGUCUGGCGCGCAGAGCAUGCGCUAGCAGCUGCUCGCACCGGUGCCGAGCUCUGCGCAAUGCCAUUCUUGACGUUUCCUGCACUUACCUGUCCAUGGGGCGGUCGGCGUACCGGGCAACGCAACCCGAGCGCAGGAGACAACAUUCCAUCCGCGGAGUAACCAGCCGUACGCCUGAGCGCCACGCACGACGCAAGGGAGACAGAGUUUCGCAUCUAGCCCGCGCGGGCGGGCACGAUGGCACCUACCCUGUCAAGGGCCAAUACAAUCCUGCGGGCUGCUGGGCCGCGUCGAACGGCAACGCGCGGGCUCCUGGCGCUCGGGUGGCGCGCUGCUGCCCCCGUGCGUCCAGCCCGCGAGCCGUGCAUGUGCAGAUAACGCGGUGGCUCCAGCCGACCGCUGAGCGGGGCAAAGCAGAGUGGCUUUUACGCGCGGGAUGGCGUAACCCGGGGGGCCAAUGGCAACAGGGGGCCAUCCGCGUCCCUGGGCGAGGGCGCAUCACGAUUCCUGGCCGCAUUCCGGCUCUGGGUAGCCCUUUCUGCUCUGAACGUGCCGCCCACGAUCAAGAAACCGAGAGGGUGCAUGUCCGUAUGCCUGGAGCCAGCCCCGAGAAUACCGAGGAUCGUCGCGCCGCUACGGGUCAUUACUUCAAGCAGUACGCGUGUGCAUGCUCCUCCGAGCACGGCGCGGGUAGCAUCCCUGUAUUUUCCGGGUGGCUGCGAUUGGCUGCAAAAAUGCAGAAACAUGAGCGUGCUUGCUGA